AUGGCUCACCAUCUGUAAUUGUUUUAACAAAUUAAGUCAUUUUAUAAAGCUGAAGGAUAUGGGACAGGAGCAAAGAAGUAUAUUUUGCACUUUUAAGGAGGAUCGAGGAUUGGAGGAUAAACAUAUGAUCAAUUACUCAAAUCAGCAUUGACCAGAUCAAAGACAAUCUUAGGAAGCUCUAAAAAUUUGAAUUAACAGAUGUUUUAUCAUGGAUGGUUUGAGAGAACUAAAACUGCGAAUGAGUAUUACUAUAACUGGAAUAUGAUUCACCUAAAUUAUUGUGAUGGAACACGAUAUAAAUCUGAUCCUGUAGAAUACAAUAAUGAAAAAUUAUAUUUUAGAGGAGAUCAAAUAGUUAAAUCAUGGUUGUUAGAUUUAAAUGAUGAAUUAUAAAAAGCAGAACUGGUAAUAGUCUCCGGAUGCUCAGCUGGAGGAAUAGCGGCCUAUUUCUGGGUUGAUUAUAUAAGAUCUAAAUUGUCAGCCAACGUGGUUGUUUAUGGAGUUCCAGAUUCAGGCAUUUUCAUUGAUAUGCCAGCUAUAGAUGGAACAGAUAAUCAAAAGCAAUCUCUAAGUUUACUAAUGGAAUUAGUGAAUUCUGAGGUUACUCAUCCAAAUAGCGAAUGUGUUAAGAAUAAUCAGCAAUAGGAAUGGAAAUGUUAUUAUGCAUAAUACUUGUUGGAGUACAUAAAAACUCCUGUAUUUAUUGUUUAAUCAUUAUAUGAUUAUUAUAGUUUGAGCUAGUUGUUUAAAGUUGAUUGUUCUGAUAAUUAUAAUCUAACUUAUUGUUCUUAAGAUCAAUAAGAUUUUUCAUAAACUCUAUAUUCAAAAACUUAUGAUGUUAUAAUGAAAAGAAAGUAAAAUUUUUAAGAAACAGGUGGAUUUGCCCCUAGUUGUUUAGAACAUUGUUUUUUAUUAACACCACGCUAUGAUUCUUCUGAUUGGGAAGUACCAGGAUAAUCAGGAAACACACUUUCUAACACAUUAUAUAAAUGGUUUAAUUCUAAUUAAAAAUACGACGAUAAUUUAUACAUGGAUGGUGUUGAAUGGCCAGGAAAUGGUCAUUGCUCGAAUUCAGAAAUUUCAAACUAUUAGACAUAAAUUUAGAUUAUUAUUAUAAUAAUCAUUUCAGUUAUUAUUAGUUGA